AUGGGAGUGAAUUCUACAUGGGUUGCACUGCUUGACGUAGUGCUGGUGAAAGUAGGACUGCUUGGUCGAGCAGGAGAUGAGACUGGUGAUGAAGACGCAACUUCCUGUGCACUCACUGGCUUAAGUCUAAGCAAAGUCUACGCUACAAUGCUAUGUCCCAACUGCAAAUUGGGGGAAUAUCCAUCCAUUGAGUAUGACCACAAACAUUACCUGUCCCUUCUGUAUUCAAUCAAGGUGGUCGGAUACCUGUCACUGGUACCUGUCACCCGCAAUCUGGAUACAUCUAUGGUGUCGAUAAAUCCUUACUACCCUUUCCCUGAUGAAGGCGAGUGGGAAUUAGGGAGGUUUUUGGCGAAAAACCUUACUCAAACCCAAAUAACGAAGUUCUUGAAGUUAAGAUGGUUUGACACUCCGGAUCGCACAAAACCAUCUUUCACCACAAAAGAUAACCUCCUGGACUGGAUGGACUCACUGCCUUCUUUUACCCUGUGGAAAGUCUCCAAAUUAGAAUUUAAAGGCUAUAAGACUGUCCAUCCUGUGGAGCUCAUUUGGCACGAUGCGCUGGAGGUUGUCAAGCAACUAUUUAGUGACCCAACUUUCGCGAACAACAUGACCUUUCACCCUCACAUUGCUAAUGUCAACAAUCAGCAUGAAUAUGGAGACCACAUGAGUGCCGAUAUGGCAUGGAAGACUUCAGGACCAUCUCCCAUUGGGUGUGACUCAAGUCCUGAUAAUCUUGGGAUCCAAUAG